AUCCUGAAAUCCAUUGUGAGAAUUUUCCAUUCCGCAACGUGCAGCGUUUAGUAUGGGGCUUCUUAUUUUUUGUGUUGCUUGCCUUUGCUGACGAAAUCCUUCAUCCGCAGUAAAUGGUGCCACACCAACCGAACCGUGAGGUGAAUGUCACAGUGCUGUGGCGAUCAAAGUGCGCGCAACCAGUUUUGAUUGAUAGUUUUCGUUGUGGCUUUUGCGAAACAAUUCCGUCGCGCUUAUAAAACAUAGGUGUUGAAAAGACUAUUUAGUAAGCAACAAAGUAACCAAAUUGCUCCACCAAUAGACCGGUGAUGUGAGUUUUUCUGCUGCUAUCAUCAACCACCUUCGUAAGCUUUCAGCAAGAAAAGCAAACCCACCAAUGGCUUCCGAAAUAGACGAGCAGCUACGGCUGGAAGAUACGCUCAAAACGUUCCAACAGCUGCGCGCCGACCCAUCGGCAAACGGCGACAAAACUACGACCAUACCCGGAGGAAGAAAUCCGUUCCGCACGGAGCUAGACAGCGCCAGCGACGCACGCCUGAAAGAUCGCCAGUUGAUAAGGAAAAUUUUCGGCAACCGGUGUGAGUGUGGUGCCGAGCGGGCACCGAUCACUACGGCCACCGCGCAGCAUCACGGCAAACAUAGCGCUUCGAUGCAGCUAGAGCACAGCAUCCGGAAUCAACCCACCUUCAAGCACAAGCAUCGCUCCGAUCGGAAAACGAUCGUGCGCGACUCCAUGCUGCGUAACAUCGGCAGAUGCGUGCAUCAGAAUCUGCGCAAAAUGCACGACGGAAAGGCGGCUGCAGGCGGACCAUCGUCGUCCGGGACGCUGCUGAAGCCAUCGCUGUCGGAGACCAAUCUCACCAAAUGCUUCGGUAACGAGGCGAGUGACGAUAUGCUUGAUUUUAGGUUACUAAUCGCCCAGUGCAACGAGCUGACGCUGGUGCCGCCGGAUGGUCGCUGUUCGAGCUCAUUUCUCCGGCCGUCGGACGAAUCGGAGGUGCCGAACUAUGCACAGAACAGCUUCCGUGCGCUCCGGCCGACGGAGCUUACCUGGCAGCAGCUAAGCCGAACGACGGCCACCGCAAGGCACAACCGGAAGCGGCAGCUGAAGAAAUCCAACAGUACCUCAUCGCUGGACAGCGACGGCAGCAGUGUGGAGGUGAACUUUAAGGGCAGCGGUACACGGUGCGGUUCCGCGCAGGGAAGCGGCAUCGCGAUCGAUGGUGACGGGUUGGCGAUGGGUUCGCUGUUUCCCGCACUGCCCGUCGGUGGUGCUUCGUCUGGGGCCGGUGGCUCCUCGGCGGUGAGCGGCAGUAGCAGCGCGAAUGCGCUAUCCGCUUCCUCGUCAGCUGCGGCGUCCUGUUCGCAGCAGGCACGCCUUAACGCCAUGCCCUGUGAUGUGACGAUCGACGAGAUGGCCAGCUAUUUCGAGACGCUCGUUUACAUCCCGAAGAAGAUGUCCAGCAUGGCGGAGAUGAUGUACAUCUAAAGCGCCUGAUCCGGAACGGAGGCUUACCCAUACACACACACUCACACAUACACACACGUUCGUUUGCUCGUCUGCUGUUCCCUUAUUGUAACCUCCCGGGUGUCGUUAUGCGUUUUCUGCGUUCGUAACGGUGUCGUGUCCUGUACAUUUAUUUCACUUGCCUAGUUUUGGGUGUUAGCGGUAUCGUUGUGCCCGCAUUGUGGUCCCCCGUGGUGUAAUGGUCAUCUUGCCAGCCAAAUUGCGCGGUUGGUUUGUGUGGAAGUUUGAAUUUGAAAAGGGGUAAAAUUUACAUGUAGCAAAAUCUUCGUUUGAAAUGUUGUUAGUGGAUUCGUUGUCCUGUACAAGCGCGCUCCUCCCAAUGCAAAGCAGUGAGUGGGAGACAGUUUUCAAUUAGUCAACAAUACAUACUCUUACACAAAUGGUAAUAUCAAUUAGUUUAAAAUUUGCUCACUAUCCCAAAACACACUUCCCUCACUUGACUGACAGGAUCGAUUGAAUUGUGUGAAGCAAUGUAGUGAUAAAUGAUAAUUGAGACGGUAGAAACGGUUAGCCAAAGGACUCUGCACUGAACAAAUCGAUGCUUAUUUCAAUCAUUUCAUCAUCAGUGAGGAGCCGUGCGUGAUAUAUAUGUAUGUGUGUGUGGAUUGUAUCCCUCGUUCGAAGAGUCGUACGAGCGACGGAAGUGCGUUUUUUUUUUAUCUACAAGAAAAGCCAUCCCUUUUUUUGUCAGUGGUGAAAUUGUAAUACAAAAAUCCCGUUCUAGUUUAACCCCGCAUUAGUUUGUAGCCCAAAGCCUCCUCGUAAACCAUUACCGUCGAUCAUCAUCAGCACAAGAUCAAUAAUAAUUCUAGUGAACGUGUAUUUUCCCUCUAUUGCUACUACUACUACUACUACUACUACAACUAUCCAAUUGUAAAAGGUAUUUUUUCUCUGUCUCUUUAGUUGUAAGAUUGUAUUUUAUUGCCCCUUAUCGCUCAUGUUUUAUAUGCCACACCAGUCAUAUUAUGUGCUGUAGCAAAAAAAAAAAAAACGGAAGUAAUGUGUGUCUCUCUGUCGUAAUCGAAGCGCAGCAGCUUAGAGCAUGAAUGAAUAUAUUUGUAAGAAAGCAAACGAAACGGGAAAGGGAAUGAGAGGGGGAGUGAGAUAGACAGACAGAGGGAGGAUGGGGAGACAUUUGUAGAUCGAAUUUAUUAAACUGUUCUUCAUUUUGUAUUCGAUUGUUUUACUGAAUAAAUGAAGCAUAUGAUUCCGGGUUA